UCAGUGUUUUUCACAUUGAAGACAACCCUAUCUGUCUUGUAUGCAAACUAAAUUAAAGUGGAUAUAAAACACUACCUGUGUCAGUAAUUUUCUACAUGAGACCGGGUUAACCUUUCCAAAUUGUCUUUUGAUUGACUGGUUUUUGAAUUCUUUCUGAAAAGACCACAAAUAACACUACAGGCUGCACUCGUCAUGUGCUCAUUGAGAGUCACUUCUGAUUGGCCAAUCAAAAACAGUCUCGUCUCUGAAAAGAAGUGAACUUACAGACAUUUCCUCAAACAGCAACCGCAAUUUCGACAACAUGACACCUCCGAUGUUUGCUUUGCAUGUGACGUGUCUGCUUUUGUGGACAAUGGCUGAUAUGACUGCUCUAACACUGUCAUCAUCUUUGCGUUUCAAAUCAGUUAGCGUAGGUGAACCUGUGACUUUGGAAUGUUUCUAUGAAGAUGGUUCAGUAGUGAUGUUGUACUGGUAUAAGCAAGGUCCAGGACAGAAACCACAACCUCUAUCCAAACUGUACAAACAUGAGAAAAAUGCCACUUUGUUUGGUGAAUUUGUGAUUGAUUCACGCUUGAAAGUGGAAAAUAGCCCUGGUAAAAUUCACCUGAAGAUCUCACACGUGCAAAUUUCAGAUACAGGUACUUAUUACUGCAUGAGUGGCUCUUCUUAUAUGUAUAACUUUAUAGAGGGCAUUGUCAUCCAUGUAAAGAACCCAGGAUUGAACAUCCCAGCUUCGGUCCAUCAGUCAGCAUCUGGGAUCAUCCAGCCAGGAGGCUCUGUGACUCUGAACUGUACAGUACACACUGGGACCUGUGAUGGAGAACACAGUGUUUACUGGUUCAAACACUCUCAAGAAUCUCAUCCAGGGCUCAUUUACACCCAUGGAGGCAGGAAUGAUCAGUGUGAGAGGAAAGACAACACACAAACGUACACCUGUGUCUACAACUUAACAAUAAAGAGCCUGAAUCUUUCUCAUGCUGGGACCUACUACUGUGCUGUUGCCUCAUGUGGACACAUGCUGUUUGGAAACGGGACCAAGCUGGACUUUGAGGAUGAUGAAGACUCUCCUGUCUUGGUGUAUUUCUUGACUGGCACGUCAGCAUUCUCCACCACUCUGUGUGUUUUAAUGUCUUUCUUAGUGUGCAUGACUAACAGGAGACACAGCUGCCUUUGUGCAGAGUCUCUGGGAAGAUCUUCAUGUCCAUCAGCGACGACUGAUAAGGAUUACCAAAAUGAAGAUAAAGACUAUGAGAAUGUUUCGAGGGAGAACAGGGUCAACAGACGAAAGAGAGACAACACCUGGAGUGAAUGUGUGUACCUCAGUGUAAAGCAAGCGUCUGUGUCUUUGUGCAGCAGAACGUGACUUCAUACUGACUCUUUUAAAAGUAUAACAUGGCUUUUGGUAAUAUAAUUUUACCGAAAUAUGCUGAGUGUAAAAAAAAAAAAAAAAAAACGCCUUCUAAUAAACUGAUUAAACAAGCUUUUACAAAGACAAUGGAUGAAAGUGAGAUGACUUCAACUGUCUCUGUGCCACAUGGAUGUGAAACACAGACCUCAACAUAUUAUUAUUAUUUUUUGCUCCAUUGUUUAUCAGUUGCAAAUGUUAUCAGCACUAAAACUGAUAUCUUCAGAAUUUCUGUUGUCAUUUUGUGGGAAACUGAACCAUUUAAAGGUUUCCCAUUGAUCUGUUACUCACCUGCCGACCCAAACAAGCACCCAAUUGUGCAGAGUACGGUCAGCAGGCAGCAUUGCAGAGUGCAGAAGAAUUGAUUUGGGAGCAGACAUUGACAAAACGUCGUCCCUAUCAUUCAUAACGUCGCUGAGGGGAACAGAGUCCUAAUCAAAAGUUUAGGCAAAAGGCCAAAAAUAAUUUUCAAUUUCAAAUGGGGUCAGGUCAUUGAUAAAGUUGGGAGUGGCUGGUGUAGGAGUUAAGACCAAUAAAUACCAUUGCAUAAUGGCCAAUUUGUCAAGCACAGAGGUACUAUUUUAUAAGUGCUGUUGUAUCAUUGUGAUCAAUGCAUUGUGCAGGUGUUGCUGUAAAAAUGACAUUUUAUUAACAGGAUUGUUAAAAUUCAGACAGAAUGCAUUAUGCUGUCUUUGUGGGAACACAAGGUCAACAGAUCAACAUGAGAGGACGACAUCCAAAGUGAGUGUGUGAACUCCAGUGUGAGGCAGUAGAAGCAGGAAAUACUGCAUUUAUAACUUGUUUCUGUGUAAAAACAUUGUGUCGACCAUUCUAUGCAAAGUAAUUCCUUCUGAACAUGAGCACUGCUGUCAGAUCUCACUUCAUGUUGUA